ACAUUUGAAAGACUAAAAUAUAAGAUUACUUCUUCUUUUAUUAAGAUUUCAAGAGACAUGACUAAGGCUUCCGCAAUAUACUUCUUGCUAGCCCUUAUGUUCUUUGCCUCCUUAGGUGAAGCAAAGAUGACGGUGGAAGCUAAAGAUUGCUCGAUUGUAUGGGACUGUCGCGGGCAGAAGCAAUGUUGGAACGACUGCAAGAACAAAUAUGGUGGAGAAGGACAGUGUGACAUCUCUACUGCUCCUGGAGUUCCUUCACAGUGCUUUUGUGCUUAUAAAUGUUGAGAAGGGGGAAAUAAUUUACAUAUGUAAUACAAAUAAGAAGGAAAUAAAGUUAAAGUCUUAGAAAAAUUCUCGAACCGUUCUUUCUGGAUAAACCAAAAAAUCCUUAACCAGUUGAGAAUGUUUAUUUUUCUAUUUGAUCGAGCUGGUUUAAGUAGGAUACAUGCCCACGAUUACAGUCUUAAUUAUCAUCCACAUUUGAGAGUUGACAACUUAAAAACAAAAUACAUUACCUCUCCUUAGAAUUUGAAUUAUUGAAAUGAAAUUAUUAAUCAUAU